AUGCCGGCGAUAAAGACUGGGAUGACCAAUGAUGCCGGCCACUUCUGUUCUCAUAUCGGAACGGUAUCCCAGGCAGUACCAGCGGCCAUGUCGCAGGUGCAUCGGCCGCAUAUGAGAACCAAGCUUUAAGAAAGACUUAAGAACUGCUAAGUUUUACUUAACCAAAAAUGUGUGAGUGAAGGUCUUAGUAAAAUCUCAAGUAACUUUACUUUGCAUCUCAUUGAAGUCGGAAAGUUGACACGAUUCAAGAAAGUUUCAAGUUAGUUGAAAACCGUCCUUAAAACAGACUUAGGCCCGUUUCAAACGUGGCUACUGCGGUUCAGUAGCAGUGAAUCAAAUUCGACUUUAGUACGGCAGUAGCUCGACUUGGUUUCAAACGUCGUCCGGGGGUUUCAAAUAGGGAACUUAAGAACCACGACGACGGCUUGGUCGACGACGACCGGAAGUGAGUUACACCGUACUGCGCAAGCGCGACUAGUAAAUUUCGUCGUCGUGGUGUCGUCGACGACGCCAAACAAAGUAGAAUCACGUCGUCCUGCAAUCCACAAGCUUCGGCAGGUAUAAAUCCACUGUUUUAAGCGAUUUUUGAAGGCCUUUACAUUUUCUUGUCCUCCUAAAUCCAGGUAUCGUUCCUUUUUUCUCCAAACAAGCGAUGUUGAUUGAAAAUUCGACUAAUGAAUUGAUUUUACUUUGAAGAAUAGCAACAGCUGAGGAGGCCGAGCGAGCGAACUCGUAAGUGAAUUGUGAUAAAUUUAUUUGUACGUAUUUAGGUAAGGCAAAUCAUAUAUCUCUAAUAUAGAGGAAAUAAACUUUAUAUGGAAAACAGCUAUCACAUCAGAAUGUCUCUUUUUCGAAAUCUAAACUCUGACGGACACUCGGACUCGGCCAUCUCAUUCAAGUUGAAAGUUGAAUAAUUUCGUAUGGAAAGUAGGUGUAUUUCCACUCGAAAAGGUCAGACAGCACAAAAAAUUUUUCAUCGUCAAUGAAAUUAGACGUACGGCUUGAACAAAUAAGAUCUUGCGUUGUUUUGAAAGACGCCAUUUCGAAAAACUUUGUUGCGAACGAACAGCACAGUUUUACAUCUGUGUUUACAUUCAGUGUCGUCGUCGUCGACCUACCGACCGACCGCAUCUUAACUUUCCUUUUUCCCGCCGAAACCGACGUUCUCGUUCCAGUCUUUUCCCAGUCAACAGACGUCGUCGUCGUGAACUUCGUCGUGGUUCUUAAGUUCCCUAAUGACUGGUGCAUAAACCUGAAUUUAAAAAAAAAUAGGUUGUGUGUGAAGCUUUCUUUUACUUGAAGAAUUUAAAAUUUACUUGUCUUGAAACAUUUCUUAGCUUAUUUAGGCUCUAGUGUAAAGACUGCCAAUAUUAUGUGUCUUUUCGCAAUGGAGUUAACAAAGCCCCGAUGUGUGUCUGUCUUCUGAGAGUACGUACCAAUCAACACUUUUAUAACCAGGGUUUCACUGUACUUUUUCACGAAUGCGAAUGUCGACAUAAAUCCCUAAUCAAGUUGCAGAUAAUACACUGAACACCUGGCCCUGUUAUUCAAACGUUGAAUGGCGCUAAUGCACCGGAUAAAUAGAAAUUCAUUGGAUAAGUAUUAGGGAAUCCAAUUACUUUAUCCCUUGCAUAAGCGGUGAGGGUAAAAGGCGGAAGGAGUUUGCGGAAUGACACAAUUAUGGGGAACGUAAUAUACGAAGAAUGACCCAAAGAAAUAAAUUAAACUGAAAAGUGUGCCCUUUUCUUGGCGCCAAUCAAUUUGCAAAUGCGCCGCUUUUUUUAAUGUUACGGGCUCGACAUACGAUGACAAUCAAAAAUCCACGAAGGACUCCUUGAUUUCUCAAGCUCGAUUAGCUUUUUCCGCACAGCCACAAAGAUUCUUCUUGCCUCUAUUAGUCGGGUUGCAUGGCGGCACGGAUACUACAUCACGAAAGUCGGCAAUUAAGGAAAAAAUGUUUUGAAGGUCACGCUCCCUUCUACUUUAAUUUUUUCUGCAAAAGAUGUUUGCACGACUGACUUAACAGUUUCCUUUUACCGAUAUCUGUGUACCACGUGAGAAGUGUUUCUUUCUCAGACGGUGGGUUACGUGAUCUUGAUAUAAUAUUCAGAGAUCAGAUCUUGUAUUUUGUUUCCUUGGCUACGUGUGGUUGAGUUCCCGGCACGCGAAGCUAGCAGCUGGCGGAGAAGGGAGAGUUCGGCAAUUGAGCGUGUCUUUUUUGAUAUUUUUAAGUUUUCUUCCUACCGUUUUAGCAUUUUUUCACGAUCAAACGCACACACUCACACAAGCAAGGAAGGUGCGAAGACACGCGAAAGGCCGAAGGGAGACAGAGAGCAGUUCGCUCCACUCGAUUUCUGGAUUACAGAUUAAUGUUUGCCUCAGGGUGUUCAUUCAGUCUGAAAUAUUGUCUGAUUCGUUCACCGUAUCCGUUACCUAGAAUUGUAGAUAGCCUGACUUCACGUUUAACAAGUGUUCUUCUCCGACUUUUCCCUCUAGCGUUUUGACAUUUGAUUAUAUUAGAAUGGUGGGCAAAAAGAGAGAAAGUAUUGUCGAAAACCCAAAAUUAUUACAUAGACACGAAUGCAGUAAAACUUAUCGCUGCUUUCUGCUCUGCCUUGUUGGUUUGAGCCAGCAGUAAUAAAUGGACCGGCAAAGUGGUUGCUCGCUCAAAUUGGCGCCAAAAAAGGCGCGGCAAAGACGUGCGCGUGCUUUCCUGUUUAAUUUAUCGCUUUGGGCCAUUUUCCACCUAUUACAUCUGCAAGUCAUGCCACAUGCCAUUCUUCAGACUCGUCCCGUCUGUUACCCUCACCGCUGCAUAAGACAGCUUUGUCCAGCCUUGUCCCUAAGCGUUCUCGGCUAGGUAAAUCCUGGACUCUACAGUGAGUGUGACGUCACUGAGAACUUCUCUUUCCCAGACUUCGCGCGGCUGAGUUUUAUCCAUGUAUUCUUGGGUUGCACGUGACGUCACCAAAAAUCAAACUAAGAAAUUAUCGAUUCUUCGGAGUUUCUACUUUCACGAGGUAUUACAGUACCUAAACAUCUUCACAUAAAUAAAUUUUUGGUUGGAAAGGGUUCUUCGUUUUGCGAGAGGGAACGCUUGAAUUUCCAGGCUAUUGCGUGACGCGGCAUUUAGCUGGCGGCCGGGAAAGCUCUUAUGUUGGUUAAAUUAUUAAUUAAUAAAAAUAUUACCGAUUUUGGGAGAUUUUGCAAUCUACACAUUCCUUGUCUCAGAAUAAAUAUUGCUGUAAUCUUUAUGAGUUCCUCAAGCGAAGAAUUCACGCAUUAGUAGGAAAACUCGAAAACAGAUGUUUCUGAUGGUAUCCGGCGGCCAUAUUGGUGUUCCUGAAGGGACAUCAACAUGGCGUUUCCAUACAAAGCUUUAUAAAUUUAGGUAAACCGUUUUUCCCAAUAUCUCGCAUUUGAAAUAUUUCACAGACCUGAUUCUUGGCAAGGAUUUUUGUAUAUUUAUCUUUUUUUAUUUCCCAGAUUCUAGCCCUUCUGUAUUGAAUGGUUUGCAUUUUUAUUUUUCAUUGCGUGACAGUGCAAGCCGAGAAUUGACCAACUGGAGCCUAGCUUUGUAAUCAAAUGCUUUCCCGUUUUUUUUCUACAUGAUGAGCAAACGUUCUGGCACUAAUAUUGCUUCCUACAUACAGUUAAAGACAUUUUUAUGAAAACUUUCAAAUACAUUGUUCCUUACCAAAAAUAAAUUUUACUUAUCAUUUAAAUGUAACCCAAUCUUAGACCUUGUGGUGUUAGGGCCUGUUUACAUGGAGAUUGGGGACCCCAACUAGGUGGGGUAACAUGUCAGGGGCACCCAACGGGAAAUUUUGAGAAAAAGACCUAAAAACAACAACAAAGCGUGAAUAAAGUUUUCUGAGACUAUUUUAAGCAUUUUGGGAGAUUGCUGGAAAAAAAUUAUCUGUUCCUCACUCCCAGCAAGACUGAUGGAAGAGUUCCCAGCCAGCAACCUUACAACCUGCAACCUGACUUACUGGGAAGUUUCGUAGGGCCCAAUUCAGAUCUUGAGUGGUAAGCAACCCAUACAAGUAACACGUAGCAGCUAUUCUAGACUUCAAAUCCCCUCUGACACCCUGAAUUAUCUUUUUCCCAGCAACACUUUCCUUCCAAGGACUAUUAUUUCUUCCACAUCUCCCAGCCAGCAAAAAUUUGCAUGAAGAACAGAUAUUUUGAGGAACAGAUCCAUUGGGUGCCCCUGACAUGUGGUGGGUCACCUUACCUAUCGUGUAAACGUGAUCAAAUUAAAAUGAGCGAUUAUAUGGACAGGGGGGUUACCCCACCUAAGCGGGUUACCUCACCUGCCUGGGGUCCCCCACCUCCAUGUAAACAGGCCCUUAGACUACGAGUAGUCGACACGAUGUGGCCUUCAUCAGUCGACACGUGGCUUCGAGGCUUUUUCUCUUUUGGGGGAGGAAGGGGGGCGGGGGCUCAGGCAGUUUUGGGAGUGCGAUGUGUCGUAGGUUUCUUCACAGAUGAAUUUCUUGAUUAGCUGAUCCCCCUCUUUUUUACCUGCUUUCUUUGGCCCACCCUUUGAUAGGUUCGCCUUUCUUGCCUUUUUUUCUUUUGAAGAUUUGGGUCCGACCUCCGGAUUGCUCUUGGACAGAUGGGAAUCUUUGUUUCGGAUAUUCAAAACGAGUCAGCGACACCGAGCGAUUGCCAGGUAAUAGAGGGCAUCCCUUGAAUAGCAGUGGCGUUUCAUAGUGUCUGUUUCCUUCUCAUGCUUCUCGCCCAUACCCCAAAAUUCGCCCGAGUUUCUCCAAUAUCGCCUGUUCUGCAGGCGAGGGCAGAAUGGGCUGCCUGUGUACUGACUGCAUCAGAAGCCAACAAUUGACAAAAUGUGGUUAUUAGUAUCAGUGGUUCCUACCCUGCAUUCCAGAGAUUUCUCAUUUUCCUUUCGCAUCGGCAAACCAUUUUUGUUUCUUUUUUGGACUAUAAUAGUGGAAGAAGUCAGGAAGGAAAAAGAGUCAAGGACGUAAUCAGUUGCUAACAAGUGAUAAAUUGAGAAUUGUAAAGUUGUGCCUUUGCAUUACAAUCUUUUAUUUCUUAUUUGCAUUUCCUUUGUGGAUACUUUUCAUACACUGGAUUUAUCUUAUUUUUUGCGAAACACUGUGCUGCAACACUAUCACAUUUGCAGAUGGCACUCUGGCAGUCGUCGUUGACAGAGUCUGCAAGGGCAAAAAACAAAAAUUCAAAUAAACAAAACCUUAAAGUGAACAACGUAAGCAUUUGCAAGCUAAGAAAGCCUGAAAUAUAGUAGAUUCUGAGUCUAUGACUGUGUUUUGGCAUUGGUUCCAUUACCAUUCAAGCUACAAUCGGCGACAAGAUUAGUUGCGACAUUUUGCCUUAAAGAGCCUUUCUGACCACCCUCACCCCAUCUAUGCAAUGUUGUGCCGUUGUUCGAGGUACCUGUAAGAAGCAGCAAAAAUCACGACUCUGAGUGGAUGGGAGGGGUGUGGGUCGUUUUGUUGGCUAAAGCUACCCAUUUGAGAAUACUGUCUCAAGAUUCCCGUCCCCGGUUGUAGCUUUGAAAACACAUGAGGUCCAAAAAUUGCAUUCACUGAUUCCGCUGCGUUUUGGGGGUACCAGCAGGGUUGUGUGCUUUACUGAUCCGAAGAGAUAUGCUGACAAGUCUCUUACUUCCCGAUAGAUCCAACCAGAUGAAAAUUAAGAGGGAAAAACCAUGAACGUAGACACUGAUUGGUCUGUUAGGAAAAACUAUUUAUGGUACUGAGGUCCUUGACCUUAGUUCGCACCUUGAUCAACGUUUCCCUUGUCCCUAGGCAUCAUUAUUUCGCGCGGCUGAAGUGUUUCAGGCCACGUGGUCCAGGCGAAUGAAUUGAGCGAGAGGGCCUGGGAAAACGUCGAACAGGGACUAGACAAAGUCAACGUUUCUUUGAUACCUGUGAGGGAUUCACAAAAUCCUAAGGCUGCGUGCAAACGGACGCAACAAUUCCCAACAUUGUUGCGCCAACAAUGUUGGGAAUUGUUGCCUGCUUGUUGGCAGUGGUGUGCAAACGGAUGCAACAACUCCCAACUAUGCACUGGGUGUGCAAACGGACGCAACAUGUAACAUCCAAUAAUGUUGGGAGUUGUUGGCCAACAAUGUUGCGUCCGUUUGCACUGGGCUUAAAAGACGUAACCUCUAGAUGCUGCCUCGUAAGUGGGGUGUGUGAGUGGAUGUGGACAAACUUAAAAAACUGAAUGCUUUUCUCAUACCACAUCCUGUACAAUCCUUUCUUUCGUACGAUUUCACGUAAGUGUACCAGGGAAUCUGCAGCGUUUGUCUAGGUUGAUCUGUCUAUAGCAUGCAUCGUGCUUUUGACAACACCUCAGAUAUUGAAAAAGAAAACGGUCUGAAUUUAUACUGAUAAUAUCGAGAUGGAAGCUUUAAGAGUCUAUCUCUCUUGCUCAAUUGUAGAGCUAGACGAGAAGGAGUAGCAGGCAAAAAUUAAAGUUGAUUAAGAAUGUAGCUUCGAGUAUGAAACACCAAAAAAGCGGACAUUUUGUGUAAUCACACCGGUUCGACUCGAUUGUCCUGACUGGCAUAUAUAGCGUCUGACACUUCACGCAAUUAAGAUUAGCUUUUUCUAAUUAGGACUUAUUCGUAGUGCUGUUGAUGUGGAUGAAGGAAUCAACAAAGCCCCCCCAAAAACAAAUGAUAAUAAUCAUUUAAAGAAAUGCACGGGAUACUCCAAAAAGGUUUACCUGUCCAGGUUGUCCACUGGUGUUCCUGUGCAUCCGAGUCGGCAGAAGCAGCCAUAGCUAUUGUAUUUGAGAGGAUUAUUAUUGGUUGCACAGGAAAUCAUCUGGUAAAACUGAUACAGGCUUCCCCUAUAUCUGACGUGGGUAGCUGAAAGGCAAUAAUAAGGACCUUGGUUCAUGCGGAAUUUUCAAUGAUCAGUGACAAAAUGAAUAUGCGAACAGGGGAAUACAGCCUCUUUCCUAGGUCCCACACCUCCUAAAUAGUGAGCAAAGGAAAAGCUCUGGGAACAAGUUAGAGUAUAAUAGUGUUCGAGGGGUAAACCCAACUAUCCCAAUUCACCAUUUGGAAGGCACGCGUUUUAAAAGGGAACGUCCAAUAAUGUCAUGUCAUUAGCGCCGGAAAAACGAACAUUUCGAGUUCCCAACAGGAUGCAAACAUCUAUGAAAUCCUAAGCAACAGGUGGGCUCUUUAUCCGUGAAGCUUCAGAAAGACUCACUCAGAGCAAAGCCAUACACUAGCUUCAUAAUAAUUAUGUAACACGCGACCAGUAAAUCCUGCUACCUAGGAUCGGCUAUGUUCAAAGAGUACUAUCUAUAUAAUGAAAAAUACAACUUUGCCAUUUUUCGUUCUUUCGCGAAUCGAACGAACUUUCCAGUUUUAUUUCCAGUCUAUUUCAAAUUACUUUGAAACAGCAUUCCACUGGCUUAGAGAGACAGCUCUGCUACAAGUAGCCCCCCAGGCAGACGAACGCUUCCCAGUCGCAGGUUAGAAGCUGUUAGAAUAAUCAUCAUUCUGAGCUUCAAGUUUGAGUGCUGCUUUACUCUUUAUUUUUGAACGCGUUGUACUGUACAUUGAACAGUUCGACUAUAAUAAGUUGAACAACCUAUCACAACGCAAAACGAUAGAUAUUAACAGCUGAAGGGAGGUAAAAUGAUUGUUUUGUCUUUCAAUAACAACAGUAUUUGUUAACUUCAACAAGUUCGUGAGAGUUUGAAAGCAUAAAUAAAGUAAUUAUUACUCGUUUUAGUACGACCACGCUAAUGGAGUUAAUGGAUUUGCAAUUUUUAUUCAAAUAAUGUUUCGUUAUUUUGACUUCUCAAAAGUACCCCGUGGGAAAAACACAGCACACAAAGCUAUGUGGGCACAUUAUUCCCAGCAGAGAGAGUCCGCUCUAUUAUGCACGUAA